GUCGUUCUGCGAAGGUCGGAACUGCUCUCCGACGAACACGAACGGGCACAGCUGCGAGGGUCCUUCCCUUCGAUUUUUAUUGCGGUGAUCUCAUUCAUUUCUUUUUUCUCCUGUUUCGUUUCGCUUGGUUCUUCAUCCGUCGAAAUUUUGAUUCGGGUUCAGAAUUUUUGUUGGUCUUGGGGUUCUGUUAAUCGAUUCUUGGUUGUCGACUUUUUUGUGGGAAGAUCGAUCUUUCUGGUUUUCUCGAUCGUUUUUCGUCACCUAGCUAGUCUCGUUUUGGUUUCGAUUGGAAAAUAUGUCUUCUUCGCGUUCUAGGCGUGUGGAGUACGACCGCUUCAUCCCGUUCCGGUCGGCGAUGGACAUGGACUACGCACGCUUUGCCCUAACCGGGCCUUCGAGACCGCAGCAUGAUGGUUCGAGGGAAUCCCCAUCGAGCGUGGCGUACCAAAAGCUUCUUGACGAGUGCAUUUUGAAGAACAGGUCUCGUAUCCUCGCUUUCAAGACUGCACCUGAAGCGUCGGCCAGCAAGCUGCCCGAGUUUGACGAGCCCAUUCGGCCGCAGAAGAAGCAGCAGAGGCGAAUCCCUAAAGAACCAGAGAGGGUUUUGGUAAUCCACGGCUUGUUGGAUGAUAAUGUUUUGAAUCUCCUCGACUGGGGAAGCAAUAAUGUGUUGGCGAUUGGCCUUGAGGACGCAGUGUAUCUCUGGGACGCUGCAGAAGAGUCGACUAAGCUUCUACAACCCGUAGAAGACAGAGGACCUAUCACUUGCAUCCGCUGGUCGCCAGACUGUGCAGUUCUUGCUGUCGCAUUUGGCAAUUCAGAUUUAUCCCUGAUUGAUCCAGCAACAGGACAUGUCGUGGAUGGGAUGGAAGAUGAGAACCAGGCCCCUGUUUUGUCACUUGCGUGGAGAAGUAAUUCAAUCUUGACAGUCGAAAGAUUUGAUGGCACUGUUGUUGAUUAUGACUUUAGGAAGGAUGGCAUGUUCAUCUGUUUCUAUAAUGGGCAUCGGCGUGGAGUUUGUAGUCUUAAAUGGUCCGUGUUGUCAGGACGGUAUUUGGUGAGUGGAUGGCAGGACAAACUAGUGCACAUAUGGGAUGCCUGCAUGCCUGUCUCACGUGACCAUCCACGUCAACGUCAAUGGCUUCACAGGAUCAGCAGCCACACUUCCAUUGUGAAGGUCGUUGACUGGUGCCCAACUCGGAGCAACCUGCUGGCUUCUGGUGGAGGUUGCAAUGAUCAUUGCGUUAAGUUUUGGAACACCGUUAACGGUGCUUGCUUGAACUCGAUUGAUGUUGGCUCUGAAGUUUGUGCAUUGCUAUGGGACAAAAACAAAUCUGAAUUACUGACCUUCCAUGGUUCGCCGAACAAUCAACUCACCUUGUGGAAUUACCCAUCCAUGACGAGAGUGGCUGAGGUUUCCGGUCAUUCAUCCCGGGUUCUUUCCUUGGCUGGGAGUCCACUGGGAGGUGUAGUAGCUUCUGCAGCAGCAGAUGAGACAGUCAAGUUUUGGAAUAUCUUUGAGACUCCCAAAAUAACAAAACCUGAACUACCCUUUGCCCAAUUUAAUGUCAUCAUAAGAUGAAAAGGUGGAUAGGUGGAAAUGAUUAAGAUUCCAAAUGGAAGACUUCUCUAGUGCUUGGCAUGAAGAUCUGUUGUUGGUAACAUUGCGAUGGGAAGUUUCGUGGUGUCAAAGAGGCAGUACAUUUUCAUACAAGCGCAUGGAUUCGAGAUCUUCAAAUAUGAGCGCAACCGCCUAAGGUAAGUUAGAAACCUUACAGCCUUUUACAGCAUUUUAGUAGGCUCAUUUACAACAUGACUAUCAUUGCAGCUACGAGUCUGAUUUUUGUUUCCUAUUUAUUGUUUAUCAUUUCAUAGUUAUCGAUAUGAUUAUUGCCCAAUUGAUGAAACAUGUGGUCUAUAAUUUUUGCCCAAUUGUUAUAAUCUAAUUAUGUGGUUUAAAGUGAUUUUAAUUUGCUUCUCUUAUGUUUCUUUUUUGUAAGUUACUAUCUUUGUCUCAUUUUUGUUUGAGAAUUUUUGUGCAGACUAUAUAUUUUGUUGUGUAUGCUAAUCAUGCAUAAUUAGAUCAAACUGAUAGAUGCUUAUUGUUUUUUUUCUUUUCUGAGUUCAGAUUUCUUAUGAUAUUCAAUAUGGCGUUGAUAUCACAUGAAGACAUCACAUUGCACACCUAGAAGAGUGUUUGACAAUCGAGAGAUCUAUGCAUUAUAAGAGUUAAUUGCCUAUGGCCUUAUGUUUCUAUUUUUUCUUUCCGACUAUAAGUUUCCUAUGAUAUAAGUUAAACUUAAGAAUUUUAUAUUCUUUUAGGACUAUAAAGAAACUUUGAAGAUUGAACUGUGUAGCUCUAUUGCUGUAAUAUGGCCUUAAGUAUCACAUGAAGAUAUCACAUUGCCAAAACAAACUUUGAAGAUUGAAUCGUAUAACAAACUUCAGAUUUCCUUUUCCAUAUUUUUUUUAGUUGAGAUUUCUUAUAACAUUCAAUAUGGCCUAGUUAUCACAUGAAGACAUCACAUUGCAUAUCUAGAAGUGUGUUUGACAAUCGUGAGAUCUAUGCAUUAUAAGAGGUAAUUGCUUAUGACCCUAUGCUUCUUUUUUAUUUUCUAACUAUAGGUUUCCUAUGAUAUAAGUUGAACUUCAGAAUUUUAUAUUCUUUUAGGACCAUUAAGAAACUUUGAAGAUUGAACUGUGUAGCUCUAUUGCCAGAUCAAAGUACUUUCACAUGAUGAAUUUAAAAUCUUGCUAUGGUGUCUUUGCUAAAUCUUUAUUCACAGAUACAAAGAUAUUAAAGCAUCUUUGGAUUUGCUUAGAGGGUGAAAAUAUGGAAACUUAUGGUGUUGCACAACUAUAAUCAUAUUCAACAACUAAGAGAUCUAUGCAUAAUUUUGAUCUAAGAUGUAACUUCUUAUCUCUUUAUUUUUUGGGUGACUAAAGGUUCCCUAAAAUAUCCAUUAGCCUUCAGAUUUUUUAUGUUCUUUUAGGACCAUUCUAGAACCCGUGAAAACUUUUCUUUGGUGUAGAUAUUAUUACACUACGGAGUACUUCAUUUCACUUGAAAUAAUGUUUUUUUUAUGUUUAUUUGCAUAUACAAAGAUACUAAAGCAUCUCAGGAUUUUGUUUAGGGGGUGAAAUAAUUUAGAAAAUUGUGGAGUUGCAAAACUAGAAUUGUGUUUGACAAUCAAAAGACUGUUGUUCAACCACUCAGAUAUUGUUUAAAAAACUGUUCAUGAAAUGAAUAAUUUUCAAUUUGAAAUUUUUCGAAGAUAAAGAUAAGUUCAAGAGUGAAAUCCAAGCCUAAAAUUUUUUGUUUUUAGUAAGAUGUGUCAUAAUUUCUAUAGAAAGCAGUUAUUCAACCUAAGAGAACUGCAAACCAUAGUAUAUACCAUAACAGUAAAGAGAUACCAAACAAAUAAAUCUAUGAGCUUGAUAAAGGUGAGGCAUUGUAAUUCUGUUUAUUAUGUUUUUCCCUGUGAAAUAAACAAAAAUAUCAAAUUUAUAUGUCUUUCCAUGAAUAGAUUAUGUCUUCUGCAACAUAGAUACACUUCUGAUCCUAAGAUAGGGCUUGAAAAAUGGUGUCAAAUGGGAUAUAAUGCAGUUCUAAAGUUUGGAAGUUAGCUUACUAGAUCAACAGUUCAUAAAUGCUUCAUUAUAGUGAUAGUGGAGUAGUUCGGGUCCUUCCGAUUAACAAGAUCUUCAUUAAAGGUUUCGAUUUAGAUUUAUCUUGCUGAAUCAGCUGUAGUUGUAGCAGAGUGGUAGCAAUGUUCAUGAGCUUGAUAGACAAGCUUGCUAUGUUUCAUAUAAAUGUUCACCAAUUAAUGACAUGGCUACUAUUUCAGUAUUUUUUCAAUUAUGCUAUUGUGGUCAUUUACCACAAGUUUCAGCAUCUAAGCACUAUAUCUGAAAUUUGCCUUUGUAAGUAUAACACCGACCUUUGAGUUGGUAUUUCUUGUUUCCAACUUCCCUAUUUGUUUACUGAGAUUAAGGUAGCAGUAGCGGUUGUGAUUAUUUAUUGCGAUUCCAGUAAUAUUACAUGUGGUACCAAGUUUGAAUUUGACACGAUAAUUCCGAUUGAUUUAUUUAAGUCAUCAUUUUUUUUAAUAAUCUAUUCAUGAUCUUGUUGGUUGUAAUGGAGAGACAAAUUGAAUAUUCGGUAAGCAUUUGAAAUUUCCAUCACCAAAGUUACCAUCCCUUCCAACACCUCUACCGUUGUGCCCCUUGCCAUCAUCAUAUAUAUCUUGUAAACUAUCAUUGGCCUUAUGGACAAGGCUAAUGUGGUAGAGAUUGACGAUCCUCAGAAAGCUCCAGAGCUUGAUCGAGACAAACAAGAAGCUGCAGUGAAGCUCAUGGCCAAAGGGACAAAGAGACUUAGAGCAUUGAUGUUUCAUUUACUGGAAUUUGAGAAUCAGCGGAAGAAGGCAGUCCUCAUGUCUUAUUUGGAUGUGCUUCACAAGUUGAUCUUGCAAUUGAACUUCCGGAGGACCUUUUGGUGUUAUUCAAGGCUGAUUUUAUCAAGAUUACAAAAUAGGAUAAUAAGUUGUAUCACAUAUUAUAAUUUAUAGACUGGCCAAGGACCUUGCAUUUGAUUAGGUACUAAGAUCUUACUGAUACUUAUUGCAUUAUGAUCUUAAUUUUUUACUGAUUUCAUCAGGCUUUUUUUGGAUAUGCACAAUUGGUCAAAAAAAAAUCAGUUGGGUCCUAAUGCAAUACCUUGUUUCUGUGGCAUGUAUCUAGCAAAAGGUUUUAGUAUGAAAAUGUCUCUUUGUGAGUUCCACACAUUGCAGCUACCAACAUGCAUGUGACAGCUCUCUUGCACACUUUCACUAUGUUGUUUCUAAGAGUAAUGAAGUUUUAGCUCCUGAUUGUUUUUAAGAUACAAUAAAACAUUUUCUUUAUGGAACCAUAUAUUCUAACUUCUAAGAACCUACAAUGGAAUAUUUUUAGUGUCACAUUUUCUGCAGGCACAUUUGACGAAAAGAGCAUUUCCUGUUAUUUACUUAUGGUGGAUCAUGUUUCUUAUGUAGGAUAAGAUUUUUUUCAUGCAACUUUUAUGCAUGGAACAAUAAGGAUCCUACCUGUGAAUUUGGAAUUAGCUAUGGUUGGUUUAUUCAAAUCCUGCAAGUCCUUUAGUUCUAGUCAUUAUCAUUUAGUACUUUUUAGUUCAUGAACCCUAUAUGUGACAUCCAUCUUUCAUCUGUGUGUGCUUAAGAAACUAUGAAUUUUGUCACAAUGCCCCAGUUAUUAUCGAAAUUCUAUCCACUUCCUCUUGAAUAAAAAUUCAAGAAAAGGAAAAAAAAAUCUUGAUACACUUCCGUAUGACAGAUUAUGCACUUAUUUUCAUGCUUUAUGUUUGAUUGACUUUGUUCAUAAUGUCCCUACCAGGUGUUUUCAUAAUCUGCUAGUCAUGCUUAUGUUGCUUUGAAGCAAGGUAUACAAUUUGAAUGGUACCGCUCGGUACGGGCGGUACGUACCAGUCCGAUAGGUUAUUGGUAUGCGGAUUGUCUGUUACCGCCCGGCACAGCUCGGUAACGGUCGAUUUCGACCCUUUCUCAUGUUUUUAAACCCUUCUUCUCUCCUAUUUCACUCCAUUUUAUUCUCACUCUCUUAAACUAUCUCAAACUUUUUUUUUCUCAUAUUUGUGUUAUCCUAAACUCCAUUACACCUAAAUUAGGCGUACCGCUUGGUAUGCCAUACCGUACCAUACCGAGCCAACCUCGAAACACCGGUAUGAUAUGGUAUUUCAAUCCUUGCUUUGAAAUAUAUCUUGCUGGCCUUGUCUGGGCAUAUGGAUGAUGUUUGCUGAUCUAUAUAGCAAGUCUGGUGGUGGCUUUGUUAGCCUGCAAGUUCUUGUUAAUUAAAAGAAGGAUUUUCUAUAUUGUUCAUUAUCUUCAAUUUCCUGUUAGUGAUUAAGUUCUUAAGAUCAAGCUUGUGAGUUGUUCUAAGUUGAACUAAUUCUCUUUAUC